CCACUGUCCAUAAAACGGUAACGCAGUUCAUCACAAUCAACAGUUACUGUCUUCAGAUCUACAUACACACCCAUUGUCGGAUAGAUCACAUCCAACAAUAACUUAACAAAGAAAAAGAAGAGAAUGGAUUCAAAGCCUUCCCCAUCAUCGGGAAGGUACGAAAAUAGCAAGAAACCAUAUUUGUCCAAAUCAGUAUCGGAUGCUAAUAGCCAUAGCCAAAGCUUAGCAUCGAUUCUUAACAAUCCACAUGCCGGUAAGUCAGAUGGAUGGUGGUGGCCAUCAAAUUUCUCAUCCCUUCCUGUCGUUCCUGAAUUCACCCCACUAAACCCACUUCCAAAACCCGGAUCUGAUAUAACCAGAACCGAUUUUUUCCCUUACAUAACAUCCUUUUCCGACCCUUUUUGUCGUUUUCACGAUAUCCAACAGCACAGUAAAUCCAGCCUCCUGGACGAUCAAAAUGGUGAAAAUGCGCUUGUCGCAUGUCUUCGUGAAGUGCCCGCUUUGUACUUCAAAGAAGAUUUUCAUUUAGAGGAUGGUGCAACGUUUAAAGCUGCCUGUCCCUUUAGGACAACGCCUGAGAAUCUGGUUAUGCAAGAAAAGUUGUCGCAGUAUUUGGAUGUAGUGGAACUGCACUUGGUCAGGGAGAUUUCUUUACGUUCAAGUUCCUUUUUUGAGGCGCAAGGGCAACUGGAGGAUCUCAAUUCAAAGAUAGUGGAAGGGUGCAAGAGGAUCAGGGAAUUGAAAGAGACAAUAAGGCUACUCGAUACUAAUUUGGUGGGGCCUGCAAGAGAGUUGCAGGACUUGAAUGUAAAGAGGAGUGAUUUGGUUGCUCUUCAGAACAAACUGAAGCUUAUUAUAUACGUUAAUCAAGCUUUAUCAACUCUCAAUUUGCUAGUUGCAUCUGCAGAUUGUGCUGGAGCUUUAGAUGUUACAGAUGACUUGCAACAUUUAUUGGAUGGAGAUGAACUGGCUGGUCUUCAUUGCUUUCGACACCUUCGUGAUGAAUUAGCCACUUCAAUCGAUUCUAUCAACAGCAUUCUUUCAGCAGAAUUUAUGCAUAUAACCAUACAAGAAACUGGCAACAUGGACGCAACAAUUACAUCAAAGUUUAAAGCACGGGCAACCAUUGCAAUUAAUGGAGAAAGCCAUGAAGUUAAAUUGGAUGAAGAAACCUCAAAUUUCCGAGACAGGCUUCUUCCAUUUGUUAUUGGAUUGCUAAGAACUGCAAAACUCCCUACUUUGUUGAGAAUAUAUCGUGACACUCUUACAGCUGACAUGAAAACUGCCAUUAAAACAGCAGUUGAAGAACUGCUUCGUGUUCUGGUUGCCCAACCUUUGGAUUCAGAUUUUGUUGCAGGAGAGCGAGUAGUUGAUACAGAUGGUGGGAGCUCAUCUCUUGCCAGUAGAUUGAGAAGCCUGCCACCAGAAAAUUUUGUUCAACUUUUGAAGGCUAUUUUCAUGAUAGUGCAGGCUCACUUAGUCCAGGCCUCUGAAGUUAAAAAAACAAUUGAAUGGAUUAUCUGCCAUCUUGAUGAUCAUUAUGCUGCUGACUCAGUUGCUGCUGCAAUUGCACUUGGGGCAGCAGCUGCAGAAACUGUUAGUGAAAGUGACUGUCAGAGCACCACCUUUUCACAAUUUUCUCCCUCAAGCAACUUUUCCAGGGCCUUUACAAUUCAGGAGAAGGGAAAUGAUGCAACCACCAUGUCAAAUUUAUCCAGAAACUUCAGAGCUGAUAUAUUGAGAGAGAAUACAGAAGCUGUAUUUGCAGCUUGUGAUGCUGCUCAUGGAAGAUGGGCAAAGAUACUUGGUGUCCGUGCUCCUAUUCACCCUAAGUUGAGGUUGCAGGAGUUCCUAAACAUAUAUAACAUCACUCAGGAAUUCAUUACUGCCACUGAGAAGAUUGGUGGAAGGUUGGGGUAUAGUAUCCGUGGAACCAUACAAUCACAGGCCAAGGCCUUUGUUGAUUUCCAACAUGAAUCUCGAAUGGCAAAGUUGAAGGCUAUACUUGACCAGGAAAAUUGGGCUGAGAUUGAUGUCCCCGACGAGUUCCAGACUAUCGUCACAUCAUUGUUCUCUUCCAAAUCAGAUAAUAGUGGACAUGCUGAUGAUGAUUCUGCUGGCACUGGAACAAGCAAAACUGAAGUGGUUCGAAGCAGCAGUGAUCCUUCAAUGGUGGAUGCUGGACUCCCAAAUAUAUCACAUAAUACAGAGCAGACUGAUUCUACUUCAACACAUCCAGAUAUUACAGCACAGAGUAAUGACACAAAAUCAAGAGAACGCGGAAGAUCAUCUCCUAGAGUGCUUUCCUUUGGGGGUGUUGCGUAUCACAUGGUAAACUGUGGCUUGAUUUUGGUGAAGAUGUUGUCAGAAUAUGUUGACAUGAAUAAUAGUUUAACUGGCCUAUCAUCAGAAGUAGUUCACCGUGUUGUUGACAUUUUGAAGUUUUUCAAUACGAGAACUUGUCAACUUGUACUUGGAGCUGGAGCCAUGCAGGUGUCAGGUUUGAAGUCUAUUACUUCUAAGCACUUGGCUCUAACAAGCCAAGUCAUCGGUUUCACAUACACUAUAAUUCCAGAAAUCAAGAGGAUACUGUUCCUGAGAGUGCCUGAGACACACAAGGGAUUGCUAAUGCUGGAGGUUGAUCGAGUAGCACAGGACUACAAAGUUCAUCGUGAUGAAAUACAUUCAAAGUUGGUACAGAUAAUGCGAGAAAGAUUGCUGGUACACCUUCGGAGUCUGCCACAAAUUGUUGAGAGUUGGAAUAGGCAGGAAGAUACUGACUCACAGCCAAGUCAGUUUGCUCGUUCAAUCACAAAGGAGGUUGGCCUUCUCCAACGUGUGCUAUGUCGAACUCUGCAUGAGGUAGAUGUUCAAGCUAUUUUCAGGCAAGUGGUUAUCAUCUUUCACUCACAAAUUUCAGAGGCAUUCUCACGGUUGGAUAUUAGCAGUCAACAAGCUAGACAAAGAGCCUAUCGUGAUGUUCAGCAUCUUCUUGGAUGUAUCAGAUCAUUACCUUCGGAUAGCAAAUCCAAUCCUCUCAAUUGGGGGCAGCUUGAUGAGUUUGUGGAACAAAAUUUUGGUGCAGAAGCUAGUCAAUAAGUUCCUUGUAAAGUAGGCUAUUCUCGCAAACAUUGGAUAGGUGUGAUGGGAGUAACCCAAGGACACCUGAAGACUACGGAUCGACACUGUACAAUUAUCUUGAGUUAUGUUUGCUCAAGAUCAAAUUUAUUCGUGGAAAGAAUAUGCUCCCUAAAUCUGCAACAUUUCGUCCUGGUUUUGAGGUUGCCCACACUUCUUGAGAUAUCGUGCCAGUAAAGCGAGGUGAAAUAAGUUAACAAUGAGAAGCAUAUCAGUUCUUGUGAAGCACUCUGGAAGGUGGACGUAUGAAAAAAACUAUGAAGAGUACGUCACUGAUCCAAUAUUGUUGAGCACGCCGACAUCAUUCAAUGAACUACACAAUCUUUUGGCAUCUUACAUAAAUAUGAAUUUGAGCAAUAAAUGUAUUCAAGUGGAAUAUCAAAUCAUAAGUAAUGCAGGGAAAAUAUAAAUACAUAAUGUAUGUGUUGUUGAAAGAAGUGACGUCCAAAAUAAUUUGCAUCAAGUAUUAAAUACAUCUGCUAAAGGUGUUAAAAUCAAGCAGGGAUAUGUUUGAAAAGAAGAACAUCAACUCAUGCAGUGGUUGGGGGUCUAAGCAUAACAAUAGGCGUUCAUGUAGAAAAUAUCGUAAAUGAUACAUUUGUUUUUCCGUACUUUCUUUAUAAUUUCUUUUGCACUUUCCAUAAUAAUGAACUCAUUUGUGAUUUUUAA